CGUGCGAGAAGGCAAAACCACGAACACGCAGUUCAAAACAAAACAAAACAAGCCCUAACGUUUUCCGACUCAAUCUUCAUCUUCAAUCUUCACCGAACGAGAAAUUAACUGAAAAAUUGCUCAUCCAAACCUUCACGAGUGCAACAAUGGCAGGAAAAGAAGUUCGAGAAUACACUAAUCUUACCGACCCUAAAGAUAAGAAAUGGGGGAAAAACAAGGACAAAAUAGAUGACGAGGAGAUUACUUUCCAGCGCAUGGUUGCCAAGAUGCAAGAGGUUGCUGGAGAACGUGGAGGCUAUCUUCAUGGACGAGGCGCCCUGGACAGUGAUGACUUGCUUUAUCUCAAGGAGCAGAUGGAAGCUGAGGAGGAUGCAGAACGCCUUUUGAGGCGCACUGAAAAACGUGCGUUUGCAGCAUUCAAGAAAGCUGUAGCUGACUCUUCACCAGCUUCAGUACCCCUUCCACUUCGUGUUGAGCCAAAGGCAAAGAGUGGGAUCAGGCAGCAAGAUUUACUGAAAAGGGUGGUCGAGGUCAAACCUAAGCGACAGAGAGUCACUUCACCGUCUGAAGGGAGUCAGCCCUCUAAAGCUUCAAGAACACACACAUCUCCUCGGCUUGAUACAGAAUGCAAGAAAGAGUCAUUGGCUAGAUUGAAUGAUGAAGCUACAAAUAAAACAAAGGCGGAUAAUCCUGUUACAAGCUUGUUAGCAGCAUAUGAGAGUUCGGAUGAGGACUGAUAAUUUGUGUAUGAAUCUUUUUUUUUCCCCUUCGUGUAGUUGGAGAUUAUUCUUUUUCUUUUCUUGGCAUAGAUAGGAAACAAGUUAAGAACUUAAUGGUUGUGUCUUCAUAUUAUCAAAUUCCCUUCAUUA